AUGGGUGACAGCAAGCAGGAGGGCCCUGAGGCUAUUGAGCCAGCCUGCAUGCUGUGUCGCCGCGUGGAGGCUGACCCGGAUGUAUGCGGUGACAAACUGCAGAAGGAUGGGGUCUGUGCCCACGUGUUCUGCAUGGUGAGUGGCUCCAGGCCCUCCCUCCACCAUUGCAAUGGGCAGUUGCUGCCACCCUGUCCUCAUCAGCUCCUCCUCUUGGCUGCAGUUUUUCGCCAGUCUGCUGUUUCACCAAGAGAACAUCCGCGUCGGACUCAUGGGCUUUCUCCCUCGAGACAUCCUAAUUGCAGUCCAGAGGGCGGCACAGAAGGCGGCUCUGUGGGCUGCGACCCGGCAGCGGCCACAUCCUGCGCCCUGCCCGGAGCCGAGGAGCUGCCAGGGGAGGCCCCGAGGCUGCUGCUGCUGCUGAUGGGGCUGCUUGGCUCUUUCCAGCUCUGCUGCGUCUGCGGCCAGAGAGGAGCAACCAUCAUGUGCUCUGUGCCGGAGUGUGACAGAUGGUUCCACCUGCCUUGUGCCAGGGAGGGUGGCUGUAUCAAUGUCUACGUUACUCCAUUCAGGUCCUUCUGUCCUGAGCACCGUCCAGAGCAGGCCGUGGAGGCGACUCCUGAGCCGGGCACCGAUUGCCCCAUCUGCAUGGAGCCUGUGGAGGAUAGGAAGACCUUCACAACCCUGGUGUGCCCAACGUGCACAAGGGCCUGGUUCCACAGGGACUGCAUCCAGGUUGGAGGCCUCCCUCAGCCCCAGGGCACAGCAGGUGCUCAGCGCAGCAGCAGCAGCAGCAGCAGCUGGAGCAGGGCCUCACUCACCCUGCUUGUGUUUGCCCUGCAGGGACUGGCCAUGCGUGCUGGUGCUUUAUUUUUCCAGUGCCCCCUGUGCAGGGACAGUGGGGAAUUCAUUGUCGAAAUGUUCAUCUUGGGGAUCCGAAUCCCCUUCAGGCAGGCAACAUGGGAGGACAACAAUGCCUUCGCAGAUCUAGGAGAGAGGCACAGCCAGUGCAAUGCUGUGGAAUGCCUUUACCCUGGAGGCAGGGAGGAGGCAGAGGAAGAGGGGCCCUGGGAAUUGCUCCUUUGCUCCUCCUGUGCUGCCGAGGGCACCCACAGGCGCUGUCGGGCUUGGCAGAGGGCUUCUGGAGGGGCUGCGGACACUGCUCUGGCCUGGCCUGGCCUAGGCCUGGGGGAGCCUUGA